AUAGGAAGAAAAUUCUAUUGGGAGUGAUCUAACAUGCGACGCAGUAGCGAUAGGCAAGACGUUGACCGUGAGAUCCUACAGCCAAACGGUCCGAGAAUUCCAUGGGGACCAGCGAGCACCCGGAGAAGAGCCUGGAGCUCCUGCCACCGGCACUACUCGCCACCAUCAUGACGAAACUCGACGUGGGAUCGAUCUGCUGCGCCGCGUCCACGUGUACCGCCUUCAGGGCCUGCGCCUCUCAGAUCCUCUCCUUCCUACCCACCUUCCACCUCCUCGAUGUUGCUCCUUCAGUGGAUUUGCUGCGGCCUUUGUUGCAGCCGCCAAACCCUCACCUGAAGAACUUGAAAAUUGACUGCGAUCGCCUUAACGAUUCGGCAAUCGAGCUCUUGCUUCGUCCUCCAUUGCACGAGCUUUGCCUGCACAAUUGCUCCGGUUUUAGCGGGAAACUGCUUUCUGAGAUCGGCAGGCGAUGCCCGGAUCUAAGGUCUCUCUGCUUGGGUUCAGUGGCCGAAAAAGGAGGGCAGACGAUUGAUAUUUCUGAUCUGAAGGAUUUGCUCUGCGGUUGCACUCAGCUAGAAGCACUGAUCCUGAUGUUUGAUGUUUCGUUAUUUCUUCAUCAUAAUUUUGCUCGAGUUUGGGCUUUGGCAUCUGAAAAACUCACUUCUCUUGAGAUCGAGUACAUUCCUUCAGAAACAGUGAUUGAGAUGGUUAGCCCAAAUUUGGGACCCCAUCAGUCAAAUCAUGUUCGACCAUCCAUAUUGUCAAACAUUCAGAAAUUGUGCCUAUCAGUAGACUAUAUAACCGACGCUAUGGUUGGUACAAUAUCUCGAGGUCUAGUCUCCUUGACCCAUUUGGAUCUUUCAGAUGCACCAUUAAUUGAACCAGAAAUCGCACUUGACUUGACCAACUAUGGCCUUCAACAACUCAAUCAAUAUGGGAAAUUGAGACAUCUCUCAUUGGUCCGACGCCUGGAGUUCAUCGUUACCAAUUUUAGACGAGUCAACGAUCUUGGAGUCCUCUUCAUGGCUGAUAAAUGUGCAAAGAUGGAAAGCAUAUGUCUUGGUGGCUUUUGUCGAGUUACUGACACAGGUUUCAAAACAAUCUUGCAUUCAUGCUCUAGGCUACACAAGCUUCAGGUGUCUCUGGGGACCCAGUUAACUGAUCUAGUUUUUCAUGAUAUCUCUGCAACUUCCCUUUCUUUGACACAUGUUAGCUUGAUAUUUUGCAAUCUUCUAACCAAUCGGGCAGUCAUGAAUUUGGUAUCCAACAAGGAUCUUAGAAUUCUUGACCUGAGAAAUUGCAAAAACCUUGGGGAUGAAGCACUUCGAGCCAUCAGCACUCUUCCUCAAUUGAAGACUUUGCGGUUGGAUGGCUCAGAUAUAAGUGAUAUGGGAUUGACAUAUUUAAGACCAGGGGUUAUUGGUUCACUUGUUAGAUUGUCCAUUCGAGGUUGCAGGCGACUCACUGAUAAAUGCAUUUCAGCAUUAUUUGAUGGUUCUUGUAAGAUGAAGUUGCGAGAAUUGGACCUAUCAAAUAUUCCUAACCUUUCUGAUAACGGAAUUUUGCUACUGGCAAGAAGUCGGGUUCCAUUCUCUGAACUCCGAAUGCAGUUUUGCCCACUCAUCGGUGACAAAGCUGUCAUGGCAUUGGCCUCGAUGCAGGUUUAUGAGGACCGAUGGCAUGGUAGUAGCUUGAGGUUGCUGGAUCUAUAUAAAUGUGAUGGCAUCACAGAACUUGCAUUCCGUUGGUUGAAGAAACCGUACUUUCCAAGGCUGAGAUGGCUGGGCGUCAGGGGAAGUCUUAAUAGGAAUUUGGUAGAUGCUUUAGCUAGGAAUAGACCAUAUUUGCAUGUGGAAUGCCAUGGUGGCAAGUUGGGGGUUAAUCGAUGGGAUUGCACCGAUGGUUCACAGGUGCUUGACUAUGAUGAGGCACAUGACUAUGAGGAGGUGGACGAACUCGAACAGUGGCUUCUCGAAGGCGAGAUUGAGCAUGAUGAUGAAGAGAUGGGGGAUGAUGAAGAGAUGGGGGAUGCUGAGAACAAUGCUGAACCAAUGGAAUAAUGUGCGCAAUAACGUUCCAAUGUUUAUUUAUACAUGCCUGUGAAACAAUUGCUUGCUAGUGUCGAUAUGGGAUAGCUGUAACUCUUAUAUCAUGAACUUGUGGUUAGAGUUCAGAAAAUUCGAUUUCCUCACUCGAUUUCAUCAACCAAUGCACUUUGGAAAUGUCUGUUUUUUAAAGUUUGCUACUUAAAUAAGUAUAAACGAGUUUGUUUAUUAA